AUGAGGGAAUGGGUGGAUUUCUCACAUCUCCAAUUCGACCCACAACUAGUCAAGCACCUGAAGCUAUUCGGAUUGGAAGCUCUAAAACCGUUUCAGUACAUAAUGGCCAAGAACAUAAUAGAAGCGCUUGGGUCAAUGGAUGCCGGAGCAGGAAAGACGGUGGCUUCCAAAUACGUGUUCCACAACGACCCCGAUUCCGGUAAAUCCAUGGGGUAUAUAUUACCGCUUCUGCAUGUAUAUGGUACCAAGGAAGUCUCUAUAGGCGAAAAUGUAGUCACAAGUCAGGGGUCAACUUUAGUGGUUGCCAGAGAUGAGAAGGUGAGCCUCAGUCUGGGCGCUAUGAUCACGGCCAUGAACCCCAAUGUGGAAUGCGUGAUACUAGAUGACGUAGAACACUAUGGCGCCGAUGAAACGCGUUCAAAAGUACCCAAAGCAACCGCAACUGGUCGCACGAAAGAUGCCGAUCAGACCAUACGAGGCGCCAUUGCCAGCAACAAAUCCGCCGGGGAUUUGCAUAAGUUGCUUCACGACCACAAAUCAAACGGAUCAAAUGGUAAUUGUAAAGUGUUUGUGGUAUCGGUAAAUAGGCUCCGAACCCUGCUGACGUCCAAGUCCGCAGCGUUACCAACAGCACAACUUGCUGGAGUAGCGUGUGUCAUUUUCGAUGAUUUGUCGCGAUACUUUGCGCACGGACAGAUCAUAUCAGACGUCUACAGACGCAUCAAGAGUGCAAAGAUAUCGGUUGCAGCAGCUGCCGAGGCGGAUGCUACUGCCGGCAACGUGCAGCCAUCGAAUGCCCGUGGUAAACGCGGCAAGCGGCAGCAGAGAUCAAGUGGCGUAAUAAAUGGCACUUCACUGGCCACCAGAGCACAGGCUGACGAUGUGCAUAUUGUAUGUGUAGUCGACUCGCUGGGUGAGUCGUUUUGCAAGUUCGCAACUGAACACCUCAGCGGCUUCUGGCUGUACGAUUUUAAGAAUGGCACCAGGCAAAAGCUAGUUGGGGAUGGCAGGACUGACGCAGUCCGGCUGGAGGUCGACCUGGACGCUACCCCCGAAAUACUGGCAGCCGCCGAAGGGGAGCUGCCUGGUGGCACCAACCUCCCCAUAGAGCACUCCAUUUGCAAGGUUGCCGGCGGGAAGAGCAAGUCGGAACGUAUUUACGCCCUGAAGUGCCUUGUAUACCACUACUUGAACUUGCCGACAUUUCCGAUACAACGCAUCUUACCCCCUAUGCUGAAGCGGCCCAAAGCCGCCCACCAGUGUAUCAUAUUCGUUGCCAACCGGUCGCAGCAGCGCCAUAUAUGCGCGCUUGAAUGCUUCAGGGACCUCGCUGCAAGGCUUGGGAGUGACCUCACAGUCCAAGAGCGGGCGUACAACCUCAACAGCUUCAGGAACGGCAGCCGCCCCAUCCUCAUCGCGACGGACGCAUCCGUUGCGGGCUGCAACUUCGACGACGUGCGAUACGUGUUCAACUAUCAACCUCCACAGACGGCUGAGGUCUACCGCAGCAGGGCCGCCAUCGCUGGCAAGAACUCGAAUUCGCUAUGCGUCACGCUUUACAGCAGGGAGCAGUACUCGGCCUUCUGUAACGUCCUCAAGACUCUGGGAAAACGAGUGUCGAUACACAUACCUCCGUCGAGAGACUACAUGAUCAGGUUCAAUGCGGCGUGGCUGCACAAAUUCGCCAACCAGCUCGUGGAGCUGAACCCCAGCUUUCUGGAGCCAUUCAGGAGCAAAGCCGAGGAGUUGAUCAAACAACACGGCAAGGAGGCUAUUUUCAGCAAAACACUCUCAUUGCUACUAGGUAGUGACUGUGGUAGGCAGGACGAUGGAAACAUGGGCACCAGCGAGUUGCCGCGUGACUGCUCUCUGUUGACUGGGAGGCGCGGCUUCGUUGCCGUCACCGUAUUCGACGGCGGGUCGGACUGCAGCAUGUCUGCAAGCGAUCUUGUGAAGCUGGUGCAGCGUUUGUUACCGCAAUUAAACACUGCGACGCUGCUAGGGAAGUACGCUAAAACCGAAAGCGGGUACGUCAUAGAUGUGGCUGCCGAGCAUGUGAGCGCCCUGCUCGCUGCAGCAGCAAACGAACCCGAUGUAUGCUUCGAGACACCGAGCCAACUGCCAAAGAUGCUGCUGGACACCGGAACCGGCUCCACCAAGGCCAAGGGGCACAUGAACAAGCUCCCGUGGAGGCGGUACAAAAUCAGACGGCUUCAGCUACAAAAGCGCAUGGUAUAG